AUGACGCCUACCGAAAUUAUUGAAUUGCCAACAGGCCAGAAAGUAGAAAGACUUUUCAUUAAUAACGAGUUUGUCGAAUCGAUUGACGGCAAACGGUUCGAAACCAUUAAUCCUUCGACUGGCAAAGUCAUCACAACCGUUGCCGAAGCUUCCGCAAACGACAUCGACAUUGCUGUCAAUGCUGCAGAAAACGCGUUCGAAAAUGUCUGGAAGCAUGUUUCCAGCAGCGAACGUGGUCGAUUACUAUACAAAUUGGCUGACCUCAUUCGCAGAGAUUUGAAAAUCCUCGCAGCGAUCGAAUCGUUGGAUAAUGGAAAGGCAUUUGGAGUCGCCCAGGUGCUAGACCUACCGAUAGUGAUCCAGUCGUUUGAGUAUUUUGCCGGGUUUUCAGAAAAAAUUAAUGGCGAGGUGAUCGAUAGUUCCGAUGAUAGGUUCUUGUACACGAGAAGAGAGCCGAUCGGUGUUGUUGGUGCCAUCAUACCGUUCAACUUUCCACUUUGUAUGCUGUCUUGGAAAUUAGCGCCUGCACUUAUUACAGGAAAUGUGGUUAUCCUUAAACCUGCCGAACAGACACCGUUGAGUGCCUUGUAUGUUGCCAAAUUAAUAAAAGAGGCAGGGUUUCCUCCAGGGGUUGUCAACAUUUGCCCUGGGUGGGCCGAGGCAGGUAAAGCCAUUGCCAGUCACAUGAAGAUAGGAAAAGUCGCGUUUACUGGUUCAACUGCGGUUGGUAAAAGUAUCCUUCGAGCCGCCUCGACAAGCAAUAUGAAGAAAGUAACACUUGAGCUUGGUGGCAAGUCUCCAACUAUUAUAUUUGCAAGCGCUGAUCUCGAAGAAGCUGUGAAAUGGGCUCACAUGGGCAUCUUCUUUAACAGUGGACAAUGUUGUACUGCUGGGUCACGUGUAUAUGUUGAAGAGAGUAUUUAUGACGAGUUUUUGGAAAAGUUCAAGGAACAUGCAGCCAGUAUCAAAGUCGGGGAUCCGUUCAAUAAAGAGACAUAUCAAGGGCCACAAGUAUCCAAAGAGCAAUUCGAUAGCGUUAUGGCGUACAUCGAAACAGGAAAGAAUGAAGGUGCGACCUUGGAAAUGGGCGGUAAAAGACACGGCGAUCAGGGAUAUUAUAUUCAACCAACAAUCUUUACCAAUGUCAACGAGUCUAUGAAAAUCAUGCGAGAAGAAAUAUUUGGGCCGGUUGUUGCUAUUGAUAAAUUCAAAACUGUCGAUGAAGCUAUUGAACGGGCACACAUGACGGAUUAUGGUCUUGCCGCAGCAGUGUUUACGAAAGAUAUAAACAAGGCAAUAUCGGUUGCGAAUAAAUUGAAAGCUGGAACUGUUUGGGUUAAUUGUUACAAUCUAACUCAUGCAUCGGCACCCUUUGGUGGAUACAAAGAAUCUGGCCACGGGAGAGAAAAUGGAAAAAAUGUUUUGGAUAGUUAUACCGAGGUCAAAACUGUGUGCGUCAAUCUAAAUGUACCAAUUUAA